UGACCAAACUUUUUUAAAAGAAGAAGAGGAAGAGGUGUACUGCCCAGGGUGGGCGAGGAGGAACGGGAGUGAAAGUAUCCUUCACCCCGGUCACUUCCGUGCACACGUGUUUGGGUCGGUAAGAAAGCAGGACCAUCCUUCCAGAGGCAGCUACCCAUGUGGCAGGAGGCUCUGUGGACCCGCGGACGUUACCUGCUGGAGAAGAACGAUGGAGGCGAGGUUGCAGAGGGGCCCGAGAGCCUUGGGGACGGGUGCCCGGGGUUCCAGGGCGAGGUGUGUGUGGAGGGCGAGAAGCCCCAGGACUGGCUGUAUGAAUCUUACUACAGAAUGAGCCAGCAGCAUCCGCUGAUCGUGUUCCUGCUGCUGAUCGUCAUGGGAACCUGCCUCGCACUGCUGGCGGUGUUCUUCGCUUCAGGACUGACAACAGAGGACCACUUGGCGUUCCUGAUCACGGUGCCGGCCGCUCUCAUCCUCUUCCUGUCCAUCUUCAUCCUCGUCUGCAUUGAGUCGGUCUUCAAGCGGAUGCUCCGCCUCUUCUCUCUCCUUAUAUGGGCCUGUCUGGUCACCAUGGGUUACCUGUUCAUGUUCUCAGGAGGGAUACUCAGUCCGUGGGAUCAGGUGUCCUUCUUCCUGUUCAUCGUGUUUGUCGUCUACACCAUGUUGCCCUUCUCCAUGAGAGGGGCCAUUAUCGCCAGCGCCAUCACCUGCUUCUCGCACACUGUCACCCUCAGCGUCUGUCUGGCCAACACCGUCCCAAAGCCGGAGGCUCUGGACUGGCAGAUCUUAGCCAACGUGAUCAUAUUCACCUGUGGUAACCUGGCUGGGGCGUACCACAAGCAUCUGAUGGACCUGGCUCUCAAACAGACCUACCAAGACACCUGCAACUGCAUCAAGUCGCCCAUCAAACUAGAGUUUGAGAAGCACCAACAGGAGCGUUUGCUGUUGUCCUUACUCCCGGCUCAUAUAGCGCGAGUGAUGAAAGCCGAGAUCAUCCAGAGGCUGCAGGGACCGAACUUUGGCAGAACAGAGAGCACCAACAACUUCCACAACCUCUACGUGCAGCGGCACACCAAUGUCAGCAUUCUGUACGCCGACAUCGUAGGCUUCACCAGGCUGGCCAGCGACUGCUCUCCAGGUGAACUUGUGCAUAUGCUGAACGAACUGUUUGGCAAGUUUGACCAGAUCGCAAAGGAGAACGAGUGUAUGCGAAUCAAGAUCCUGGGAGAUUGUUACUACUGUGUGUCUGGUCUGCCUGAGUCUCUGCCUCACCACGCCAGGAACUGCGUGAAGAUGGGCUUGGAUAUGUGUGAGGCCAUCAAGAAGGUCCGAGAUGCCACUGGAGUCGACAUCAACAUGCGUGUUGGUGUUCAUUCUGGGAAUGUCCUCUGCGGUGUGAUUGGCCUGCGCAAGUGGCAGUAUGAUGUAUGGUCACAUGAUGUCACGCUAGCCAAUCACAUGGAGGCAGGAGGCGUGCCAGGGAGGGUCCACAUCUCCUCCGUGACGCUGGAGCAUCUGAAGGGCUCGUACAAGGUGGAGCCUGGAGACGGACAGACCCGGGACUCCUACCUGAAGGAGCACGGAGUGGUCACCUACCUGGUCAUCAACCCCAAGACUGAGAGGCACAGCCCUUUGCUGGGUGUGCGCUCUCGUCCCUCCCUGGACAGCGGGAAGAUGAGGGCAUCUGUCAGGAUGACCCGGUACCUGGAGUCCUGGGGAGCCGCCAAACCCUUCGCCAACCUCCACCAUCGAGACAGCAUGACCACAGACAACGGCAAGAUCAACACCACUGACGUUCCAAUGGGGCAGUACCACUUCCAGCGACGAGAAAGGUCCAAAUCUCAGAGGAGGAGGUUUGAGGAGGAACUCAAUGAGCGAAUGAUUCGCACCAUUGAUGGCAUCAACUCACAGAAACAGUGGCUGAAGUCUGAGGACAUCCAGAGGAUCUCAUUGUUCUUUCACAACAAAGCUCUGGAGAAAGAGUACAGAUCCACAACAUUACCAGCCUUCAAGUACUAUGUCACCUGCGCCUGCCUCAUAUUCUGCUGCAUAUUCAUCGUGCAGGUUCUCGUCUUGCCCAAAACUGCUGUGCUCGGGAUCUCCUUUGGCCUGGCAUUCCUGCUGCUGGCUUUGAUCCUGCUCCUUUGCUUUGCUGGUCACAUUCUGCAGGGGAGGAAGGGCUCCUGCUCUCUCACCUGGUGCCCCACCUCCUCCCGCAUCAUCGUCACCAAUAAUCCCUGGCUGCGAUUGGUCCUCACCAUGACGACCACUGCUCUCAUACUGGUGAUGGCUGUCUUCAAUAUGUUCUUCGUGGAGGCUGAAGUACUGAUCACCACUCCCCUUGUGAAUAUAAGUAAUGGCAGCGUGUUGGUGUACCAGGAGGAAAGCACGAAAGAAAACAAAUUUUAUCUGCCAUACUUCAUCUACUGCUGUAUCCUGGGCCUGGUGUCAUGCUCAGUGUUCCUGAGGAUCAACUAUGAGCUGAAGAUGGUGGUGAUGCUGGUUGCCGUGGUGAUCUACAACAUCAUCAUCCUCCAGACACAUGCCUUUCUGCUGGAUGGAUUAAGCAAUGCACCAUACCCCACAAAGGAGUUGGAAAGACCAGGAGUCCUGAAGGAUCUAAAGACAAUGGGCUCUGUGUCUCUUUUCAUCUUCUUUGUCACCUUGCUGGUGUUGGCCAGACAGAAUGAAUAUUACUGUAGGUUGGACUUCCUGUGGAGGGACAAGUUCAAGAGGGAGUGCGAGGAGAUCGAAACCAUGGAGAACCUCAACCGGGUUCUGCUGGAGAACGUCUUACCUGCUCACGUCGCUGAACACUUCCUGGGACGCAACUGGAAAAAUGAGGACCUUUAUCAUCAGUCAUACGAGUCGGUGUGUGUGAUGUUCGCCUCCAUCCCAGACUUCAAAGAGUUUUAUACAGAGUCUGAUGUGAAUAAGGAAGGACUUGAGUGCCUCCGUCUUCUCAACGAGAUCAUAGCAGACUUUGAUGAGCUGCUGUCCAAGCCAAAGUUCAGCGGAGUGGAGAAGAUAAAGACCAUUGGCAGCACCUAUAUGGCUGCAACAGGACUCAAUGUGACACCAGGCCCAGAGUGCGCACAGGAACAUGACAGACAGUACAUGCACAUAGGAACGAUGGUGGAGUUUGCUUUCGCUCUUGUUGGGAAGCUAGAUGUCAUCAACAAACACUCCUUCAACGACUUCAGACUCAGAAUCGGGAUAAACCACGGCCCGGUGAUUGCAGGAGUUAUCGGGGCCCAGAAACCUCAAUAUGACAUCUGGGGAAAUAGUGUAAAUGUGGCCAGUAGGAUGGAGACCACUGGGGUACUGGGAAAAAUACAGGUAACAGAGGAGACGAGUCGUAUCUUGUCAACAUUAGGGUACGUGUGUUCAUGUCGUGGCAUCAUUAACGUGAAGGGCAAAGGAGAGCUGAAGACCUACUUUGUUCACACGGAGAUGACCCGAUCUCUGUCACAAGGGACUGUGAUGCCUUGA